AUGGCGGAUUACAUGCAUCAUGCAGGGCCAGGGGGACAUCAAGUAACCCACCGCGAUAAACAGUUGUAUGAAGAGCCUCGAGCCCACCAGGUUGUUAAGGCGGGAAGCGCCAUAACUGCUGGUGGCUCUCUUUUAAUCCUGUCAGCAUUAACACUAGCAGGGACUGUGAUAGCUUUAUGUGUAGCGACUCCAUUGUUAGUGAUAUUCAGCCCGGUGAUAGUCCCGGCAGCGAUCACAGUAGUUCUGUUAAUCACAGGCUUUCUAGCUUCGGGUGGGUUGGGAGUGGCGGCUGUGUCGGUUUUGGCUUGGAUUUAUAGGUACAUGACGGGCCGAAACCCAAGGGGUUCAAAUGAUCAGUUGGAGCAAGCUAGGAUGAAGUUGGGUGGAAAGACGACAAGACUGGAAUCUGAUCAUCUCGGGAGAAAGGAGAACCUGCAUCCUGAAGGAUACUACCUUCAUGUGAAUGGAUCGAAAACUUCCAUGUAA